UGCCCCCCGCGGAGGGGCGCCCCUGCGGGCUGGGACUCCGGCACCGCCUCGCCGGCUGUCCCCAGCCCCGCAGGAGGGUCCGGGGGGCGGGCAGCCCCGGGCGGAGGCGGCCCCAGCGCGGGGGGAAGCCGCUCCCUCCCUGCCCGCCUGCCUCCCGCAGCCACUCCGGGCGGAGAGGCGGCAUUCGAGGGCUCGGCGCGGCGCCGGCGGAGCUGGAGCUGCCGCCAGCAGCCGGGCGGGCAGCGGGGCACAUGGCAUGUCUGAUGGCGGCUUUCUCCUUGGGCACCGCUUUGAACGGCAGCAAUUCUGCUUGUACCAUGGCCGAGCCAAAGUCAGUGUGUGUUUCGGUGGAUGAAGUGGUCUCCAAUGGCACAGAUAACCAAGACAUUCGACUGAUGAAUGGACAUUUAAAAAAAGUGGACAGUACUCUGACAGAAGCUCAUCGUUUCUCCUACCUACCCCGCAGACCAGCUGUGAAUAUUGAGUUUAAAGAACUGUCAUACUCUAUCCAAGAAGGGCCAUGGUGGAGGAAGAAAGGUUAUAAGACCCUUUUGAAAGGAAUUUCAGGGAAGUUCAGCAGUGGAGAACUUGUUGCAAUUAUGGGUCCUUCAGGAGCUGGGAAGUCAACGCUCAUGAACAUUCUGGCAGGAUACAGAGAGACGGGAAUGAAAGGAGAAAUUCUCAUCAAUGGACAGCCUCGUGACCUGCGCUCUUUUCGCAAAGUCUCCUGCUACAUCAUGCAAGAUGACAUGCUCCUUCCUCAUCUGACUGUCCAGGAAGCUAUGAUGGUAUCUGCUCAUCUGAAACUUCAAGAGAAAGAUGAAGGCAGGAGAGAAAUGGUAAAGGAAAUAUUGACAGCCCUUGGUUUGCUGACAUGUGCCAAUACGAGGACUGGGAGUCUUUCUGGAGGCCAGAGAAAGCGUCUUGCCAUUGCUUUGGAGCUGGUGAACAAUCCUCCUGUCAUGUUUUUUGAUGAACCAACCAGUGGCUUGGAUAGCGCAUCGUGUUUUCAGGUUGUCUCUCUGAUGAAGGCUUUAGCGCAGGGUGGCAGGUCCAUCAUCUGCACGAUUCACCAGCCCAGUGCUAAACUGUUCGAGUUGUUCGACCAGCUUUAUGUUCUAAGUCAAGGUCAAUGCAUUUACCGCGGGAAGGUAUUCAACCUUGUCCCUUACUUGAGAGAUUUGGGUUUGAAUUGCCCAACCUACCACAAUCCAGCAGAUUUUGUUAUGGAAGUAGCAUCUGGUGAAUAUGGAGACCAGAAUGGCCGGCUGGUAAGGGCAGUACGGGAGAGGAUAUGUGACACCGACUACAAGAGAGAUGUUGGUGGUGAGAAUGAGCUGAAUCCCUUCCUGUGGCACAGGCCUUCUGAAGAGGAUUCCUCCUCCACAGAAGGCUGCCACAGCUUCUCUGCCAGCUGCCUAACCCAGUUCUGUAUCCUCUUCAAAAGAACUUUUCUCACCAUCAUGAGGGAUUCGGUCCUGACGCACUUGCGUAUCACCUCACACAUUGGCAUUGGACUGCUUAUCGGCUUGCUCUACUUAGGCAUUGGCAAUGAAGCUAAGAAGGUCCUCAGCAACUCUGGCUUCCUCUUUUUUUCCAUGUUGUUUCUUAUGUUUGCUGCGCUGAUGCCAACUGUCCUUACAUUUCCUCUUGAGAUGGGAGUAUUUCUUAGAGAGCAUCUGAACUACUGGUACAGCCUGAAAGCCUACUAUCUCGCCAAAACCAUGGCCGAUGUUCCUUUUCAGAUCAUGUUUCCUGUGGCUUACUGCAGUAUUGUGUACUGGAUGACUUCACAGCCAUCUGAUGCACUCCGAUUUGUCCUCUUCGCAGCCUUGGGAACCAUGACAUCCCUGGUGGCUCAGUCACUGGGUCUCCUCAUCGGUGCAGCCUCUACAUCCCUCCAGGUGGCCACUUUUGUGGGCCCAGUUACUGCUAUCCCGGUGCUUCUGUUCUCUGGGUUUUUUGUCAGCUUUGAUACCAUCCCAACAUACCUCCAGUGGAUGUCCUACAUUUCCUAUGUCAGAUAUGGGUUUGAAGGAGUUAUUCUCUCCAUCUAUGGACUGGAUCGAGAAGAUCUGCAUUGUGACAAAGAUGACACUUGCCAUUUUCAAAAAUCAGAGGCCAUUUUGAGAGAACUGGAUGUAGAAAAUGCCAAACUUUACCUGGACUUCAUUGUUCUUGGAAUUUUCUUCUUCUCUCUGCGCCUAAUUGCCUAUUUUGUUCUCAGAUACAAAAUCCGAGCAGAGAGGUAAAGGAAAACCAGCUAAAACAAUGCAGUAGGAAGACCUUUAGACAUGCAAUAGAGGGCAGUUGACAUUGUCUCACCGUGACAGGCCAGCCUCCAGUGCCCAGCUGGAUGCUGUUAUGACCUAGCCCAUAGAGAACCACAAUGGGAUAGUGGACAUACAGUGUUAAGCCAAUCAGUCCAGUUGGGUUGGGUCAUGUUUUCAUUACACUUUCUAGCUUUAACUAGGAAGAAGAAAUAGAAGGGAAUUUUACACCACAGAAUAUCAAAAUCGAGGCAGUGUAACUGUAACAAAAAAUCUGGCUGCAGGAACUUUCCUUAUGAAAACCAAUUUCGGGUUAAGGUCACUAGGAUACUAGUCCUGAUAGCCAGAAUAGUGUAAUGUCAUCUAUAGUUGACAAGGAAAUGAGAUGCUAAAUGGGAAAUGCAAAGAAAAUAGGAUUCUCUCAUCUUUUUAACUUCAGAGUUUCAUCUUUGCAGUUUUCUAUGUAUUAUUUUGCAAUUCUUUUCCAUAGAAUUCCCCCUUCUGGCCAAAAGUCAGUAAAUGUAUUAAUUAGUAAGGUAAAGAUACCUUUUUAAUAUGGGUACUUUUUUUAAAACAAACCUCAAGUGAUUCAAGUCAUCAGUUUUGUUUCUGUCUAAAUUUAGGAUUCUGGUGCUUUACCUGUCGAGCUGGUCUCAUAUCUGAAAACUGUAAUGAUGGGAGGAAAAGGCAGAUUCAGAGUCUGCACUAAACGUGCGGCCCAUGUUUGGCAGCAUCAAUAGAUAGCACAGGCAGUCAGACAUGUUCAAGCUGUUGAAUGACUGAAAAAACCCCCAUUCUUUUGCAGUGUCUUUUAAAUCCUCAAUAUUUGUAAUAUUUAAAAUAUUAACUCUGCUCACAAUCUGAUCUACCUCCUGUGAAUGAAAAAAAAUCAAAGCUCUUCAAGGCUCAUUUUUUCUUAAACUGUGAAAGCAGAAUCUAUCCCUGAAGCCUGAGAGCUUGUUAAAGCCUGAUGGAGUUCAAGCGCUAUCCACAACUCAGAGCUUAGGGUCUUGUGUUAAAACACUUGUGAUUGCCUCACCUGGCAGUGUUCGUUAUUUCCACAACACAUUACACAUAGAACUCUCCUCAAAAUACACAAAUGACCUUGUAAUACUGCAAGCCUAAUUAUGGCAAGCAGUUUUGUUCUCAUCCUGAAGUCUACAAGCACGACAUGGGAAUUAAUAGCUAAUUUAUCUGAACACCAAUGAAACUGUUAAAAGAAACAUGCAUUUGGUUUGCAUGUCUCACCUUUGUAAACUAGGCAGGGGGAAUUCUGGUUCCAAGUUGAUGUGACUCUUAUCACUGAUUUUCAUGGGUUUGGAUUUUCAACCCAAAAUGAAAUUACAGGGCCCAUACUCAUGUGGGACAUCUUGGUGGACUUCUGUGUAAAUUCCACUACUUUCUGCCCUUACUGUGUGUUCAUCUUAGUGUCUGAGUCAGACCUACACAUUCUGUAAAUGCAUAUUAGGAUGCUAAUGUCUUCUAGUUUGGAAGCAGCUCAGUGUCAGCAAAACAUUCAGCAGCUCAUGGUAGUAAGGUAGAUCUUGUGCAUCUGCUGGCCACAACCAGCAGUCACAAUUCACAGACUGUUUUUGAAGACUCCAUGGCUACAUUUAUACUAGCAAACUAAAUAAUACCAGGGCCAGCUCUGUUAUUCCUCAGACAACUGGGACUAACAGGAAUGGUCCCUGUACCAUGCUAACUUCUAAAUAGAGCCCAAACAUUGUCUGGAAAAGCUCUGGCUGUGCUGGGCUGCAGCUCUGUCAUUUAGCAGUGAAGACAAUUGUUUUCCAGUUUUCCUGGCCCCUGCCCAGGCUUUGUUUAAUUUGCCAAUACAGACAUAGGGCAUGUGUAUUGGUUAAACUCAGGAUUCUUGAAUUAAGCCUGUAUUCUGGAAGACUUUAAGACAAGUCACAUGUUUUAAGGAAGGUUAGCUGAACUUUCCCUGAAAUUGAGAUUGACUUGUGAAAGCAAGGUCACUCUUUACCGUACGUGGAAAAAAAAAUCCUUACAGAACCUCUUUGCAUAGUUUUUUUGCUGUUUUUUCACAAAAAGCUUUUAUACAGCUCUGCAGCUUUUCCAGGCAUAAUCACAAGCAGACAUGGACCUAUAUGGCUGUCAGAUAUGAGAAAUUAAGAAUUCUGGCUAUUCUAAAUAAUACUUAUAACUAUGAAGAGCUUUUAAAUAAGCCACAAGCUGAAAUCCCUUGGCACAACAUGCCUUGAUUAUUUCAAGACUCUCAAAAUAUUUGUGAACGUUACAGACGGUUCAGAUGCUGUUUGCAAGCAGGCAAAAGACUACAUUUGCCAAAGUAUUUGUGUUGCAUGCUGCUGGUCCAGGUGUAGGCGAGCUGAUGUGAAAGAGUGUGAUGUCCAAUGCAUUAAAUACCUUCGGGGUUCAUGUUUUGCGUUUACCAACACCAUUUACCAAAUGCCACAUUGAAAAUCCACUGCAGGGUAUUAAAUGAAGUAACUCUGCUGACAUUUUCCCGUCUAGACCAGUUUAGAAGCAUGAGUUCCUUUGAUGCUGUCUUGUUAUCUGUGCCUAUUCCUCUGUAGACUUUACCUUGUAGAUUUUAUCUCUUAAGUCUGCAACAUGUCCUCCUGUACUAUAACUUUGUAUUGUAUUGUGGUAGCAAAAAGCCUGGUCCUCCAUGGGUGUUCCUAAGAAAAUACAUGCUCUGGAAAUGUUUUUGUCAUUUCUUUUUUUGUUAGAUACGCUUUUUCUCAUCCAUCUGCUGGCAGCAUUUAGCUGAAAGUUACUGUUGUAAGGAGCACUUUCAGACUCUAGUAUCCUAGUAAAUAAAUAAAUGAAUUUUCAUGAAACUCAGUGCUACAAAUAGAUGAGAUAAUCAUUCUUUCCCUCCUUAGCUCUAAAAUCAGUGUUGUCUCUUUUGUCACUACUAUGGGACAGAAGUGUUUAAAGUCCAUCUCAAUUAUGUUUUCAUAUACUGCAAAUAUUUUUAACACAGACUCAAAGAUUUUUAACAUAGUCUCAGCUUGGCUUUUUUCUGUUAAUGUGGAAAUAAAUUCUAACACGCUGGCAUAAAACACAUUCCCAGGUUAAUGGACUGAGCAUGCAUGUGCUGUAAUGUUAAGCAAGCACAUUGUGAAGCUCUGGAGGCUUCAUGUGGAAGAAUAAUGAGGUCACCAAGACUUCAAAUCCUCAGUUAAUAUAGCCAUGUAUAUAUAGCCAUAAACUGAUUUAAAUCAAUGCCAUCAUUACCAUUCAAACCAGUCACAAUCUGGUUAAAAUUUAUUUAAGAGGCUAAAGGUUUUUAAAGGUCUCUUGAAGACUGAAUGUACGAUUUCUGUUGGGAUUGCAGGAAGACAUCAGUGUUCUAUAGGCCUCCUUGUGUUAUUUCAGCUUGGUUUUGACAUGUUGCUGUGGUUACUGUUUGCAUCAGCUAAGAUUUUAGGUGCUUCAAAAUGUAUUUUUGUUGAUUUUCUUCACAGAAACAUGCAUAUAAUCUGAAAAACCCUGAAAGUUUUUAAAAAGAAUUUAUAACAUUGUUUAACAUUAAGUAGAAGAUUUGGAAAACAGAUUCUACUCACAUAAGAAAUUGAGAAAAUUUCAUCUUUAUAGAUCAAAGGGAGUAACAGAAGACUAUCUGGUGCUGAAAUCCUGUUUACUUCUUAGUAUUUGAUGCUCAAGAUAUCUUUUUUUCAUUAAAGGAGAGGAAUAUAUAUACACAUAGGGAGGGCUGGUAAUGUGAGUGGGAGGUAAUAAACACUUGAGUCCAGCUACUGGAUGUACUGGUCUCUGUACUAUGAGGGUGGUGAGGCACUGGAACAGGUUGCCCAGAGAAGCUGUGGCUGCCCCAUCCCUGGCAGUGUUCAAGGCCAGGCUGGAUGGGGCUCUGAGCAACCUGGUCUAGUGAAAGGUGUCCCUGCCCGUGGCAGGGGGCUUGGAACUAGAUGAGCUUUAAGGUCUCUUCUAACCCAAACCAUUCUGUGAUUCUAUGAUGUAUCGGGUGACUGGCAUUUAAAUCUAUUCCUUUGUGUCAAAGUCUAUGUUGUCAACAGAAACGAAUGUUUCAUUAAACAUUUGUUUCUGGAAAGAAGUAUAGUACAUGCUGACUUGUACCACCCCAGUGAUCCUUACAGAGGAGGCCCUGUCCUAUUUAUUCAACACUAUAUAGAUGUUUGUGACUCUGAUGGGGUCCUUUGAAGCUCUGUUCCAACAAAGUGCCUGAUGUUAGUAACUUCUCACAUCUGCAUUGUCUCAUGUGAAUCAAAGGAACAACUAGUGUCUUUAAAGUCCAGGCUUAAGUGCUUUGCUGACUGAAGGUCCAGGUUAAAGCUGCGAAGAGAAAGCUUCUCCUGUUUCUUGUGGGCUACUUCUUCAACUUACCACGUCUCCUGGAAAUACAACACAUUAGAGAGGAAACAGUCCAGAAGGUUCCUAGAGUGUGUGGGAGAUAACUUUCUGAUGGAGUGGUGAGUGAGUCAGCAAGGGAAGGCACCCCACUGGACCUGCUGUUUGCAAACAGAGAAGGACUUGUGGGUGAUGUGAUGAUCGAAGGCCAUCUUGGGCAUAGCAAUCACUGAAUGAUAGAGGUUUUGAUUUUCAGAGAAGUAAGGAGAGGGUCAGCAGAAAUGGCUAGCUUGAAUUUUUGGAAGACAGACUUUGGCCUGUUUGGGAGCCUUGUUGACAGAGUCCCUUGGGAGGGAGUCCUGAAGGGCAAAGGAGACCAGGAAGGCUGGACAUGCUUAAAGAAGGAAAUCUUGAAGGCCCUCCCCAUCUGCCGAGCGACAAGCCAGUGGGGAAGAAGACCCACCUGGCUGAACAGAGAGCUUUAGCUAGAACUCAGGAUAAAAAAAAUGAGUUUAUGACCUUUGGAAGAAGGGGCAGGCAACUCGGGGACUACAAGGAUGUCAUGAGGAAAUGAAAACUUAUUAAAACUGGUCUUGCAUUGUGGAUACGACAGCACACUUAACAAGUAGAUGAGUUUUUUGAAGUUACCUUGUUUCUGUAGCCCUAUUGUAGGUUAGAAAAGGUCUGGACUUCACCCUGAACUCUCGAGUGCUUUAACAUUCACACAGGGCAGCAAAGAUCCCUGCUAAAAGCAGGAAUAUUAGAGAACAUCUAGAAUGGUUUCUGUAGUAUCUAGCCUUAGGCUCCUCUAGAGCAGGUUUACUGUGUUAGAUAGUUGGCCUGUAUUUCUACAGAGGGGAUGCCAAUGGUAGCUGCAGAAACACUGUCCUAUGUGGUUUUUUUUCUUUAAGAAAAUGAUCUUCUCAUGCGUAUCCAUUUUCCUACCAGAACAGCCUGAUAGGGUGCAAUUGCUCAGGAAUUUCUUUCCUUUAGUUCGCUUUGGAAAGCCAUUUAUGAAGUAUGACAAUUUGAAAAGCUGCUGGGAACUAGAAGUAGGCAGAAAAUGACACCAUGCCAUGUCCUCUGUAACAGUUUAUAACAGGCUGAUCAUUGCUGUGCCCAUGACACUGCCACACAGCACUAAUGAGUGCAUAAAUUAAGUGCUGAGUGUCUCUGAAGUUACUCAUAAGCUCUGCUGUUUGUGGACCGGGGCAGUAGCAUUUUCAGGAAUCAGCUCCUAUCGUCCUGUUCUUAAAUGUCUGUUUUCAUAAUACAGAAAGAGAUUGUUGUAAUGAAUCCCACCGAGUGGUUUUUAUAACCCCGGAUAUCAUUCUGCAUAUUGCAUAUCCAAAAGUUGCAGGUUGAGCCUGCAGGCAUAACAAGUUUCCUUUCAAUUCUGUGCAUAUGUUAGUGUAUUUCUGUUUCUGUAUGGAUUUCACGUCGAGUUUGUGUUAGUGUAUUUCUGUUUCUGUAUGGAUUUCACAUAGAGUUUAUGAAGGAGAAAUGGUACUGCAGAGCAUGGAAUCUAGCGUCAGUGGUUUUAUUGUUUUGGAAUCUUAUAAUGAACCAUAACUUUAUGCAGUUGUCAACUAUAGAACCUUCCUGUAAGAGAUUUAGAUUUCUGUUGAGACCCAUUGCCAGCACAGUAAAACAAAGGGUGACCAGUCAAAAUUUGUAUCCUUUGGCACAAGAAAUCCCCAUGGCUCAGCCUGCCAGCCUGCAUUCUCAGUGUUGUUUAUGCCUUCGAGAUACAUCAAGAUUUUGUCAACCCAUUUUCUUUCUGGGGGACUCCAAGCAGCUGAGGCCAUGCUUACCAAUUGCUUGUGUCCUUAUUGCUAGAUAUUCAUGGUUGCUGUUCAUGUGGGGUGUAAGAAUGAGCUGCUUGGGAACAGUGCAGGGUAGUUAGAGGUGGAGGGAUAACUUGUAGGCUGCUUUGAGCUAUGAAAUACCUAAGGUGCUGGAUCUACAGGUGUGUUUUACUCUUUGAAGAAGAAAAAAAUCUAAAUGUCUUUUUAAGCAGAUUGCAAGGCAACAUGGACGUCUUGGCUUUUAAGGUUGAUGGUUUGGUUUUUUACUUCAAUGGCAUCUGUAAUGUCUUUUAUUCUGGCCCCAUUGUAGUUUAUUUUAGUAGCCCAUUUAGGGUAAUCAUUAUACAGACUCCUUUCUAUUAUUUCCAAGAAACAGCUUUCCUGGCCUCAGUGAUAAUUGUACCAAACUUUACAAAUGUGAAUCAGUUGUAAGCAAUUUAAAAAAGAAAAAAAAAAAGGUGGAAAAAAUGCUCUUAAAUAUUAUGGUAAUAGUAAAUUAAAUUUAAGGAAAAUAUUACAUUGAUAUAUCUAAAAAGAAGACAAGUCCUGCAGUGUAGCCAAGCCUUUAUCUGUGUCAGUAAAGAUUUGUGAAAUACCUUAUCUGAGUCAUUUGACUUUAUUGUGAGAUACUGCCCUUGAAUCUGUCAUUGAAUUAUUUAACAUUUGUUCUUCUGUUUUUAAAGCAAGAGUCAAUGCAAGGUAUCAUUUUAAAUCAGCGUGCUAAAGUGUGCAUAUUCCGUAUAUCUAAUAUGUCAUUGUUGUCUCUUGUUUCUGUAAUGCAUUUGCAUUACUAAGAAUCAAUUUUAUUAUGCUUCUUUAGAGACUAUUGCUGCCUGCACGCUGUGAUAUAUUUGCACUGUUGUAGAUAUAUAUAUACAUAUAUGUAAUUAUAUUAUCUAAACCAUGUCUUUUUCAGGUUGCUUGUUACCUUUGUAGUUUAUGCUUACCGGUACAGUUGACCUGAGUAAAAAUGUGGGAUGUGGGGCAUUCUGAUGAUACAUUACGAUAAUAGAGAAAUCUUUGUAUAUUUCUGUAUACUUAAUACCCGUAAGAAAAGAUUUGUAUGUGCAUUAUUUUCCAAACUAGGGCUUUGUUUUCUGAGACUAGAGAACAUUUAUGAUAAUGUAACAAAAAAAUAAAAUCAAAUAAAGUGUUAUUAUUUUCAGA